AUUGAUAAAUGUAGGUCAAUAAUCCGCUCAGCUAUUUAGCUGUUUCACUUCCUUAUAUGUUUGUUUGCAAGUAGUUCCUGCAACUCAAUAGUGGUCAAUUAGACAAAAAGAAAAACUUUUCUUUUUAUACUUGGAAUAAGAUGGAAACAGCAAAAAUAUGUUUAACCAUCCUUGGAGCCAUGGCAGGUUUAUCUAAUGGAGUUGGUGUGUUACCAGAUGGUCCUCUGAUUGCCUCUGUUGGAGGGACAGUAACAUUCACAACAAACUUGAAUCCAACAGAAACACCAUUUACGUUGGUCAACUGGCAGUUUGAUCCUGGUUCAAGACCUCAAUUCAUAAUUAUAUCACAGACAACUGGAGACACAACUGCACCAGAAUAUGAAGGCAGGAUCACUCUCUUCAGAUCAACUGGAUCUCUGGAACUCAGGAAUCUGAAACUUAGUGAUAGUGGAGAGUACAUAGUAAGCAUUCAAGAUGGAAUAAAUCAAAAGCUAGGACGCACCAUACUGAAUGUUUAUGAACCAGUCUCCAUUGUAAAUGUCUCCCCACUAAGUGCAGACCUGAUUGAGUUCAACAGCUCUGUCAGUCUGUUCUGCUUCUCCUCUGGAUCUUUUCUCUCCUUCCUCUGGAUGAAAGACGGCUCUGAGGUCACAGCCAGCAACAGAGUUCAAAUCAACACAAAUGAAGAAAACUCCAAUCUGACAAUAGUAAAUGUGACCCGAAAUGACAAGGGAUCAUACACCUGCCAUGUGUCUAAUCCUGCCAGUUCUAUCAUCAGUAAUCAACUUUACAUAUUACUGUUUCUACAUUCAGAUGGUCCAGAUAAUGUACAAAUAGAAGUGUAUCCAUCACAGGAACAUCAUGAAAAAGGAUCAGACAUUAAUCUGACCUGUUCUGCUGACUCAUCACCUUCUGCUGAAUAUCAGUGGUUUCUGAAUGGAGACAAGCUGACCAGUAGCGGUCCAUUGCUCAGACUGAUGAAUAUCCAGAUGAGUCAGAGUGGAAACUACAGCUGUCAGGCCGUUAACAGCAAAACUCUUCAAUAUCAAAUAUCCGAACCUUCAUCUGUCUCUGUUCAUGAGAGAGUCUUUAAUGUAAAGGUUACUCAAGACGUUACCCACUUGAUUGAGUUCAGUGGGUCUGUCAGCUUCUCCUGCUCCUCCUCUGGAUCUUCUCUCUCCUUCCUCUGGAUGAACAGCAGCUCUCAGAUCACAACCAGUGACAGAGUUCAGAUCACUGAUGGAGGAUCCAAGCUGACUAUAAUCAAUGUGACCAGAUAUGAUGAUGGAUCUUACAUCUGUGAUGUGUCCAAUCCUGUCAGCAGUGCCAAGAGUUUUCCUGUAAACGUCUCUGUCAGCUAUGGCCCAGAGAAAGUCAACUUAGAACCACCUUCCCAGAAAUAUCCAGAAGGGUCAAACAUCCAUCUGUCUUGUUCAGCUGACUCCAGACCUACUGCCACUUUUGAAUGGUUCUUUAAUGGAAACCUGUCUGGUUCUGGAUCUGAGCUCAAACUCACCAAUGUUCAGAAGAAUCAGAGUGGAAACUACAGCUGUCGGGCUUUAAACAGCAGAACCUCAAGAUAUCAAACAUCUCAACUUUCACCUAUCUCUGUAGUGGAUGCUAGUGAACCUGGAGGUCUCGUUGGUGGCGCCAUUGCUGGAAUAGUAAUUACAUGUUUGUUAGUUGUUGCUGCAGGAGCUGCUGGAGGCUAUUUCAUCUACAAAAGAAGAGAAAAUGUGAAACCUGCAUCACAUUCAGGCACAACAGAGCAACAACAUGAUUAUGAAAAUAUGCCAAGAAUAAAGAAAAAUAAGGAAGAAGGUCAUGUUUAUGAGAAUUUUGCAGUUACACAAAGAAGUAAAGAACCAGAACAUGUGUAUGAGGAAAUGGCACCGAUAGAGAAGAAAUAAAAUUAACAGCUUUGGGUCCUUUAAAGAUGAUCAGAGAAAAAAUCAUGAUACAACAGGAAGAAACUGAUAAUGUUCUGCUGUAUUUUUGCCUUUUGGGUUUAUUCCUAUUUAUCUCCUUGCUGAAAGUUUUAAAGUCUUACAAUAAUGAAUCAAAUAUGUAAAGUUUUAUACAUUCUUCAAACAUUGUUAAAAUGUUUACUACCUCCAUAUUAAUCUAGAGUAAGAAAAUAUGUUUUUAAAAAGCUUUAUCAGUGCAAGUCUUUGAUAAGAUUUGCUUUCAGCUUUGUUAUUCAUUUAUUGUUGACUGUAAUGAUGCUAAGAAUCAACUUUUCAACCUCUUGUACCUCUGCCAUUGACAUGACUGUAAACGUCUCUUAUUGGUUAUUUGGGUCUGGUUUAGUUAUCUGAAAAGGAGUGCUAUAUAUUGUCUCACUACAAUUUGUGAGAUGCUGUGUUGCAUCUCACAAAACAUAAAGAUGUUGUUUUGCUAAAAAGAGGAAGUGGUAGAGACAAAAGUAAAUGAGAACAACAUAUUCAGGGAACGUGGCUCAGUGGUAGAGCAGGAGCACCAAAUAUGGAGCCUACAGUUCUCAUUGCAGAUGACCUCAUUUCAGUUCCAGGUUCAGAACAAUUUGAUGCAUGUCUUCCCCUUGUCUCUCUGCCUUUCUUCCUGUCAAGCUACUGUUGAAUAAAAACUACUAUUGCCAUAAAAAACUCUUUCCUCUCCUCAGCCUUUAGUUUAACUGAUUGGUUUGAGUACAAACCUCUGUUGUCUGCAACUAGUUACAGCUCUGUUCUCUUAAACAGCUGUCAUCCACCUCCCUCUAGUGUUCAGCAGGAAAUGCAAAAGUAAGUUAUGAUUUAUCAUCUUGUUAUUUUAGACAGUUAAACAGUUCAGACCUCAUGUGUCAUCACUAAUUUUAAUUCAAAGCCUCAGGAUCAAGAAGCUUUAAAACAAUCUGUUUAGUGGUUCUUUGUUGUUGUCAUGAUGGCCUUUUAGACUUUCAUUGAAAUAUUUCUGCUUUUAUUGUGUUUUUGGAAUGAAGUUAAAAAUAAAUAUUAAAGAAGAAACUGGUUUUGCCUCAUCAUUAUGAGGUAAAUCUCAUAAUUAUGAGGUACAUAUUUCAGAAAUAUUAGCCUGUUUUUAGUUUCCAUUAUUCAUCAUGUACUAAAUUACAAUUUAAAUGGAAAUCAUGUACACUGCAACAAAACAAAAUCUUACCAACUUUUUGUGUCUAGUUUCUAAUGUAAAUAUCUUAGUACACUUAAAAUAAGACAAAACUAACUUACAAAUAACUGCUCAGUCAGUAAAAGGAACUUUCUUGAUGUAAAAGUAGUUGUUCCACUGUCAGAUUGUUUCACUUAUAACAUGGGAAAAAUGGCU